UUUCCUGCACAGUAAGUUAUAGGAGCAUUUUACUGACUAUGGCAUAAAUUAUGACACUAUGUGUAUUUGUGGCUGCAGUUAUUUGACAGAUGGAGGUCUGAACGUUUACUCCCGGAGGGUUAACCGGGUCUCGGAGGGAAUGAGUGCCAUAAGAGGGACCGUACACCACCUCAAUCCAAAGAGUCAAGAUGACACUGAUAGUUGGGACGACAGCAGUUCAGUCAGCAGUGGGAUCAGUGACACCUUGGACACAGAUGACCUCAACACCAGCUCAUCCCUUAGCUCCUACGUCAACACCCCAUCAGUUCCACACCAGGACGUGGAUGAACAGCUCCAGACAGAUACAGAGAAACACUGUGCUGUAAACAAAAACCCCAAUUGGCACAACAACAACGUUAAACAUUCAGAAGGGUUCCCUGACAGUGGCAUUAAAAUGGGCACAUCAUCAAAGUGGAUUCACCGGUCUUUGGUUUUAUCUGAUGAAUUAGACCAAAGCUUGACAGGACGCAAGACGCCAACCAUCUCCCAGACAGGUUCUUUGAGGCGGGGCAUGACUGGCCAAGUGGGCAUCACCUCCCCAAGGACCAAGGCUACCAAACCUACAAACUGUAGCUCACUGAAGUCACAUGGUAAUGGUAAGACCGAUGACGCCAAGGUGUCAGAGAAAGGACGUCUCUCCCCUCGUUCCAACAGCAAUCCCCGUUUCCCUUCGGAACGGCAAAUGAGUGUUGAUGAGACCAAGAAACUUUCCUCCAAUUCUACUGUGCGCACACCAACCAGCACUUUUGGAUUCAAGAAGGUCCCAGGUUCCAUGGUGACUAUAAGCGCAAGUGGCGCUGUGAUAUCUAGUGGCUCAGCUACAGUGGGCAAGAUACCAAAAUCAGUUGGAUUUUCCGGGAGCCGAAUUGUAGCUCGGAAUACGAGUGUGGAUGAUGGAUACCUUCCACCGGGUGCCCGGACAACUCUUCAGUAUCGCAGUUUGCCUAGGCCUAGUCGUGGCAACAGUAGUACCAGCGCUGUUCGUUGUUCUAACCGCUCCAACAGCUCUACCCUUGAUCCGAAUAUUUGCAAUAAGGGCACUGCCACACUACCCAAUCCUAAGAGUCGCAAACUAGUCAAAUCCCCAAUAGGGUUCAACCAGACGGACCGAGAGAAGGGUGUCUUCUCUGAUGUGGAGAGCAAGGCAUUAGGGCAGGCACUUAAGGCUUGCACAGCUACUCAGAGCGGGAUGCCAAUGCAGUGCCAAGCUGGAAGGCAAGCAGGAGGAAAGCAUUCCGAAAUGUCCUCGCCAACCCUGCAUAGACUGUUUGGUGGCAAAUCUGGCAGCAAGCAAGGCCCAGUCACCACCAUGGAGAACAUGAAAAACUCCACCAUCAUCUCAAAUCCCCAUGCCAACUCCAUCCAGCUGAGUGGUGCUCUGGGCACACCAUCUGUCAACAGCGAGUGCACCAGUCCACUUUACGGUGACAGUCUGACACUGCCCUCUGGGGAUAACGGGGAGCAGGCCCUUACCUCUGUGGCCUCCAAACCAGGAUCCGCUUUCUUACCUUGGGUAGGAAGGGAUGGAGUAGGCUAUCUCUCCCAAAGCUCCAUCCACACCAGUAGUGACUCCACAGAGGUUUCCCAGGGAACGGAGGAUACACAUUCAGCAUGUGUUAAUCGGGCUAACGGUACCCGAACUGGCUUCUCAGACAGUCCUAUGUCUUCCCCAUCUGCUAGCCCUAAAUUAACCCACAGCACAUUGCCACGGAAGCAGGACAGGUAUGCCCAUGUGCCUCAGAACAGAGGUCAUGAGGAGGCCCAUGAUUGGCUACGUUCCCCCUCUGCUGUUGGGCUCCCAAACUUGACUGGCUCAUCGCCCUUCACCCCUGCCUCUGCACUCAGCUCGCCCUCUGGUACACGGCUCAACUUUGCCACACUUGGCAGUCCCACCUCAGGUUUGCAGAUUCAUCUGACAACUCUGCGUGGCACCAAUGGUCAGGGCAAUCACGACAGCCCAUACGACCCAUACAGUGACCCACGACUGCGGAACUCCUCGAUGAGCCUUGAAGAGAAGAGUCGGACCAUGAGCAGCUCUGGAUCAUUCCGUGAGGGUCUAGAGGAAGUUCAUGGCUCAUCGUUGUCUCUGGUAUCCAGCACGUCCUCAGUUUACUCAACGCCAGAGGAAAAGGCUCAUACGGAGAUUCGUAAGCUGCGGAGAGAACUGGACACAUCUCAAGAGAAAGUCUCAGCUCUCACGACACAGCUAAGUGCAAAUGCUCACCUUGUGGCAGCUUUUGAACAAAGCUUAGGAAACAUGACCAUCCGGCUGCAGAGCCUGACAACAACAGCAGAACAGAAGGACACAGAGCUGAAUGAGUUGAGGAAAACCAUUGAGCUCCUUAAAAAGCAGAACACAGUAACUCAAGCCACCAUCAAUGGAGCCAUUAACACAUCAGACCCAAAUCGCAAAGGUAAGAACUUUUGGAUACACUCCAUUAACGGGUCACCUCAGUCCCAACAAGAUUUGCGGUUCCACAGGCAACCCUCCACAGACAGUGUCUCCAGCAUGACCAGCGCUACCAGCCACUCAAGCAUUGGCAGCAACCUAGAGCUUGAUGCUAAGAACAAUAAGAAGAAGAAAAACUGGCUGCGGAGCUCCUUUAAACAAGCUUUUGGAAAGAAAAAGUCUCCCAAAUCAUCCUCCUCUCACUCUGACAUUGAGGAGAUGACGGACUCCUCUCUGCCGUCUUCACCCAAACUGCCCUAUAGCGGCUCAACGGUCUCCUCAACCAUGAUACACAACUCCCACUCUAACUCCCUGACAUCCGAAUGCACAGACAAUGAGGCAGAAACUCUUAUGCAUUUACGCAGUGAACUGCGUGAUAAAGAAAUGAAACUGACAGACAUCAGGUUGGAAGCUCUCAGCUCCGCCCACCAACUUGACCAGCUGCGAGAGUCCAUGAAUCGUAUGCAAAUUGAGAUUCAGAGACUGAAAUUGGAGAAUGACCGAUUAAAAAUGGAGAGUCAUGGCAGCAGUGGCAGAGCUCCUUCUCAGAUGUCCAUCUCCCCUUCAUCUGUAGGACUUUCCUCUCAACUGAGCCUCACAGAAUCCACCAGCCUAGAUAUGUUGUUGGAGGACAAUGGAGACGGAAGUUCCUGGAAAGAGGGACAACAUGUUAAAGUUGUGGUCAGUCUGGGGAAAGAUCCAGAAUGGAAAGAGGAGUGCAGGCCUUGCCAGUUCUUGCUGGGCUGCAUUGGUGUCAGUGGAAAAACCAAAUGGGACGUCCUAGAUGGCGUAGUCAGACGCCUUUUUAAGGAAUACAUCAUCUAUGUGGACCCUGUAACUCAGUUGGGUUUGAACACAGACAGUGUGAUGGGGUACAGCAUUGGAGAUGUUCAUCGCACCAGUGAUGCAGAUACACCAGAACUUCUGCCAUGCGGUUAUCUUGUGGGAGAAAGUGAUACCAUCUCUGUCCAGUUGAAAGACAUGUCCAUCGACAGCCAGGACAGUUUGGCGUUUGAGACCCUCAUUCCAAAGCCUGUUUUGCAGCGAUACAUCUCUCAACUUGUGGAGCACAGACGAAUCAUCUUUUCAGGGCCCUCUGGUACAGGGAAGAGCUUUCUGGCUAGCAGACUAGCUGAAUACAUGGUCCUAAAAGAGGGAAAGCAGCUGGAACAUCAAGCCAUCACCACCUUCAAUGUAGAUAACAAAACAACUAAGGAGCUGAAGCAGUAUUUGUCUAAUCUUGCUGAGCAGUAUAAAAGCAGUGUACAGUCUGUGAACAUGCCAGUGGUGCUCAUUCUAGACAACCUGCACCGUGUCAGUUCACUGGGUGAGAUUUUUAACGGCCUGCUUAACUGCAAGCAACAUCAGUGUCCUUAUAUCAUUGGAACCAUGAAUCAAACAACAGCACCCACUCCAAAUCUACAGCUUCAUCAUAAUUUCAGAUGGGUUUUAUGUGCCAAUCAUACUGAACCAGUGAAAGGCUUUCUGGGUCGGUUCCUGCGGCGGAAACUUCUAGAGACAGAGAUCAGCAGUCGUGUUAGGAACGGGGAGCUAGUUAAAAUUAUCGAGUGGAUCCCAUGUGUCUGCCAUCAUCUGAACCGCUUUCUGGAAACACACAGUUCUUCUGAUGUCACAAUUGGGCCCCGACUCUUUCUGUCCUGUCCGAUGGACGUUGAGGGCUCGAGGGUGUGGUUCACUGACUUAUGGAACUACUCCAUCAUCCCCUAUAUACUGGAGGCUGUUAGAGAAGGAUUACAGAUAUAUGGGCGUAAGGCAGCGUGGGAGGACCCGGCUAAGUGGGUGAUAGAUAGUUUUCCAUGGUUGGCAGGUCCACAGCAGCAUGAAUGGCAUUCUCUACUACGCCUUAGGCCAGAGGACGUGGGGUUCGAUGGAUACUCUCUCUCACAAGAGGGCAGCCCAGGCAAGCAGCCUUCUCAGGUCAAAUCAGAGGAAGACCCACUGAUGAAUAUGUUAAUGAGACUAAAGGAGACGGCUCCCUGCACAGGCACUGAGAGCUACGACAGUAACAGUCACCAAGAUGAUGUGCUGGACUCUUCAUUAGAAUCUACACUGUGAACAACACUUUAAAACAUCAAAUAUGAGACUAGGACUCCUUUUAAUGGCUUUUGGAUGGAAUUACAGGGUGCUGGUAACCCCGAAAUUCCCUGAAAAUCAAGGUGAAAAAUCACACAAGCACUAAUGAAUCCACAUCAACUGAAAUGAAAGUAAUCUUUUCCCCCAAAAAGCUUUUUUGUUUUUAUUUUACAACUGUGCAUCUUUUUAUGAGAGCUCAACAUUCCAAAACAUCAGACUUGAGAAUUAAAAGGGUUAAUUCACCCCAAAAAGUAAAGUUGUCAUAAUUCAUUCAUUUUGUUCCAAACCCCCGUGGCUUGUUUUCAUGGAGCACUAAAUUAGAAGUGAAGCAGAAGUUUAGCCUCAGUCCCCAUUCACUUU